CCCUGGAACCCAGUUCCCCAGCCUCAGGAUGGCAUCCUCCCUGCUUGAGGAGGAAGCUCACUAUGGCUCCAGCCCCCUCGCCAUGCUGACGGCAGCUUGCAGCAAAUUUGGUGGCUCCAGCCCUCUGCGGGACUCAACAACACUGGGCAAAGUAGGAACAAAGAAGCAAUACACUGUGGGCAGUGACCUUUCGUCCCCCAAAACCAUGGGAGAUGCCUAUCCAGCUCCCUUUUCAAGCACCAAUGGGCUGCUCUCACCUGCAGGCAGUCCUCCAGCACCCUCCUCGGGCUAUGCAAAUGAUUACCCUCCUUUUUCUCACUCAUUUCCUGGGUCUACAGGCACCCAGGACCCUGGGCUACUAGUGCCCAAAGGGCACAGCUCCUCUGACUGCCUGCCCAGUGUCUACACCUCCCUGGACAUGGCACACCCAUAUGGCUCCUGGUAUAAGGCAGGCAUCCAUGCGGGCAUCUCACCAGGCCCAGGCAAUGCUCCCACUCCUUGGUGGGACAUGCAUCCUGGGGGCAACUGGCUAGGUGGUGGUCAGAGCCAGGGUGAUGGGCUGCAAGGGACAUUGCCCACAGGUCCUGCUCAGCCUCCACUGAACCCCCAGCUGUCCACCUAUCCAUCUGACUUUGCUCCCCUUAAUCCAGCCCCUUACCCAGCUCCCCACCUCCUGCAACCAGGGCCUCAGCAUGUCCUGCCUCAAGAUGUCUAUAAACCCAAGGCAGUGGGCAACAGUGGGCAGCUGGAGGGGAGUGGUGGAGCUAAACCCCAGAGGGGUGCAGGCACCGGGGGCAGUGGUGGUUAUGGGGGCAGUGGGGCAGGGCGUUCUUCCUGUGACUGCCCCAACUGCCAGGAGCUAGAGCGGCUGGGAGCAGCUGCAGCCGGGCUGCGGAAGAAGCCCAUCCACAGCUGUCACAUCCCUGGCUGCGGCAAAGUGUAUGGCAAGGCCUCACACCUGAAGGCCCACUUGCGCUGGCAUACAGGCGAGAGGCCCUUCGUCUGCAACUGGCUGUUUUGCGGCAAGAGGUUCACCCGUUCAGAUGAGCUGGAGCGACAUGUACGCACUCACACCCGGGAAAAGAAGUUCACCUGCCUGCUCUGCUCCAAGCGCUUUACCCGUAGCGAUCAUCUGAGCAAACACCAGCGUACCCAUGGAGAGCCCGGCCCUGGGCCUCCUCCCACUGGCCCCAAGGAGCUAGGGGAGACCCGCAACACAGGGGAAGAGGAGGCUAGUCAGACACCCAGACCAUCCACCUCACCCACACCCCCAGAGAAAGCCCCUGGAGGCAGCCCUGAGCAAAGCAAUCUGCUGGAGAUCUGAGCUGGGUAGAGUGUCUCCAUCUCAGGG